AUGGUUGUGCUUUACGAACUAAUUAAAAAGGUUUUCCUUUUAUUCCCAUUACAUUCAUUUUCGCAGCGCACUGGUGAUAGUAACCAAGCCGUUCAACUGAGAGCGGAUAGAAGUCCUCCCUGGUCGUAUGAAAAUACAGAAGCGUGGGGCAAUGACUAUGAACAAUGCAAUGGGAGACGUCAAUCACCUAUAGCUCUAAGAACAGAGAGGAGCCUUUGGGUACCCUAUUUAAAUUUGAAAUUUGGUAACUACGAUGUCCCUUUGACCAAUGUGACAUUAAUGAAUAUUGGCUACACUGUGCAGUUUCAAGUUCCGCCCACUGAAAAUGGCCAAUUACCCUUUAUAACUGGAGCCAAGCUCAACGACCGUUAUGAAGCUGACAAUGUGCACUUUCACUGGGGUUCCCCGACAAGCCAAGGUGCCGAGCAUUUGAUUGAUGGUCGCCGUUAUAGUGCCGAAAUGCAUAUCGUUCAUAAAAAUGUACGUUACGGGACGGUAGAAGAGGCUACCAUGAAUCCGGAUGGGUUAGCGGUAUUGGGUAUAUUCCUGGAAGGAGUUAACAAUCCUACUGUAAGUUAUCCGGGACUAGAUGAAAUUUUCAAUCAUUUACCGGAAGUGAGGGAAUACGAAUCAACAUCUCAAUUAAACAAUCCAUUUACAAUGCGUCAAUUGUUGGGCAAUUUAAAUACUAAAGUUUUCUUUAGUUAUUCCGGUUCUUUGACCACGCCGCCAUGUUCGGAAGCUGUUAGAUGGUUUGUAUUCCGCGACGCAUUGCAGAUUUCCCAAAAUCAAUUAAACAAAUUCUUCCAAAUUAUGGAUCCGAACGGUCAACCAUUGCUGAACAAUUAUCGUCCAGUUCAACCGGUAAAUGAGCGACUUGUUCUUUAUCGUCCGUCGUUAGGUAUACUCAAAGUAAGAGGCGUUUGA